GCCGCGGGUAAACAGCAUCAUUUAUAAACGGACUGCGCACACGAGAGGGAAUGCGCGUGGAAAUUGCUGGCCCGCUUGCAGAAGUUAAAUUUGACGUUUCUCAAAAUUUCUUGACAGAUUUUUUUCCUCCACUACACCUUGAAUAUUCCAACAUAGGAGCAAAGCCAGUGGAAGGUGCAGUACCACUUACACUGAGCGUUGCAAGCUGGGCGUUACACCAUCCACCCAAAGCCCUCUUCUGCCGCAUCACAGACUAUUGCUUUGUCCAACUCAGAAUGACGUGGUCCAGCUGCAGGGGCAUGAUUCAACUUUGCAGUAAAUCAUAAGAUCUGGAUGCAAUCAGUGAACGCUGUGGAGGCGACUUUGUUGAGCAGGGAGCCGGAUAAUGACCACAACCAUGACAAUUAACAGGAGAGACCCUUUCAUGGAAUGCCUACUGUUCAUCUUAUUGUUGUGGGGGAUAACACAACAGCAGUGUGAAGCAUCAGGAUCUUCACGUGCCAUACACAGAAGACAAGCCCCAACUGAUUUAAAUGGUCUUGACUGUCUCAGGAAUGACGGUGGCGGGGACAUAAUAUCAUUCAGUCUCAGUGAGGAUGCCUUGCCAGGACACGUAAUAGGGGUGUUGCCACUGAAGGGGGAGCCAGCGGGAGACAAUGCAACAAUACGUCUAACCAUCAGCCCGAGCCCGCAGUCACAAUUCGUGCUCCUCAACGUCUCGGACAAGGCGCUUCUGUUAGCGCAGCAAGUAGAUCCCGAUUUGGAAACGCAGCAGUCGAGGUUGGGCCUCCAACUCCAAUGUGAAGUCUUAAAUUUUGGAAUACCGCUUCAAUUUGACUACCGCAUCAACAUUGAUAUAUUGAACGUCAACGACAACACACCUGUGUUUCUGGGUCUACCCUACCAAGCCAACAUAUCAGAAUUGGCACAGGUGGACACAAUCAUUUUCAGUGGCAUACGAGCUACGGACAUGGAUGGCGCUAACAGUAAUGGUCAAGUGAUAUACAGCGUUGAAUACAAUCCCACUGAUCCGGAUGCAAGUGACUAUUUCACAAUCAAAAACGGUGGAAUAGGCGCCGUCUCUCUGCUGCGGCCGCUGGACUACGAGACCAAACGGACGUGGGAGGUUCUCAUUAGAGCCAGGGAUAAUGGUCCAGAGCCCAGGUCAAACACCACCGUCCUUUUCCUCAACGUCUUGGACGGGGAAGAUCUACCUCCUCAAUUCUUGCCUUGCAAUUUCACCCGUGGAAGCAGCUGUGAGCCUGUGACGUACUCCACAACAAUCUUAGAAAAAGCAAAUAUGUCCGGGCCAUUAGUUUUUGAACCUGGCCCCAUCCGUGCCAUGGAUGCUGACCUUGAUGUAGCAACCAAUGGACCUAUACAGUACACGUUAUCUGACGGCUUCCCACCGGAGUACAUAGACUACUUCAGGAUUGAUUCAGAGACCGGCGAGGUGUUCCUACUGCAGCCUGUCUACAGAGCAGACUUUAAGGAGUUCACUCUUCAAGUCACGGCCAGCGAGAGCCCUGCAGAGGGCGGUUUGUACGCUAUCACCUCUGCGACUGUCACCGUUCAAGAGGUCAACGAGCACCGGCCCGUCUUUGCCCAAGACUACUACCAGGGUUAUGUCUAUGAGAACUCACGGAUCGGCACCCAGGUCAGCAUGUCCAAUCGGUCCACAGUGCCCCUCAAGCUGCACGCAUCAGACAUGGACAUCGCACAAGGUCGUCCCCUCAUGCUCAGCUAUUACUUAUCUGACGCCACGGCUCAUUUCAUCCUUGAGGCUGGUCCGGAUGGCUCAUUUGCGUACGUUGUUGUCAGUAGCAACCAACUGGAUCGGGAGGUAGCCAACAAUUACACCAUCAGGGUUUUAGCGGUGGAAAACGACACCUUUGCCCUGUUUCAAAGCGAAGAAGCCGUCGUGGAUAUCACAGUGUUGGAUGUUAAUGACAAACCCCCUGAGUUUGUGCCCAAUGAGUACAGCACUGGCGAGAACCGAUACAGAGCUACAGUGGAGGAGAACGCAGAGGCGGGCACCGUAAUCAUGACACUAUCAACAACAGACAUGGACUUGCCUCCUUACGAACCUGUCGAAUUUGUCAUCAACUACAUUGACAACGACGGUGAGACUAAAUUUGGCCUGGCACAGUCCAUGCCCAGCUCCGUCAACAUCAUCCUUGAGGAGAACGGAACCAUCUUAGAAGGAGAGGAGUAUAGCAUCUCUAUGCAGGCUAUAGAUGGUGGAAUAAGUAGCUUAAUGUCAGAAUUUGCGUACAUUGAGAUCACCGUUCUGCCGGCCAAUGUCAGCCACGCGCCAACCUUCGAGCAACCUGUGUACGAGGCGUCGGCGAGCGAGGGCCUACCAGAGGGAGCAUUUGUUACGACUGUCACGGCCACUGACAGGGAUGAAGGGGACACUGUAUACUACAACAUCACCGCCGGAAACAUCGACAAUGUCUUUACGGUGGACUCUGGAAGUGGUGAAGUCAAACUUGUUGGCACGCUAAACAGAGAAGCUGUGGCCAGCUAUGAGUUGACCAUACAGGCCAGUGAUGGAGCCCUUAGUUCCACGUGCAUCUUGCAGAUUACAAUACUUGACGUCAACGACAAUAACCCGGUAUUUAAUGCCUCAUUGCCAGCCGAGUUCUUGGUGUUGGAAGGUUUAGCUGAUGAAUUUGUGGGCCAAGUCAUGGCCAGUGACAUGGAUGAACCAGACACUCCCAACUCCAAUGUCCAGUACAGUCUGGUAUCAGACGCAUUCCGUAUCGACCCAGACAAUGGCAUGAUCUUUACAGUAGGUGCCUUGGAUAGGGAACAGCAGGAUCGCUAUGUGCUAGACGUUGUGGCUACGGACCAGGCAGCAUCUCCGCGCAGCACCACACUGCAAGUUGUGGUGGUAGUGGAAGACGUGAACGACAACAGCCCCGUGUUCGAACCCAAGGAGUACUCUGUCAACGUGAUGGAGAACCUGCUCGCUCAGGACUUUCUGGUCCUGCAGGCCCUUGACCGUGAUGCGGCAGCUGUUCUUGAGUACCUUAUCACCUCAGGGGAUACUCAAACCUUCACCAUCGUUCCGGAGACUGGAAGCCUCUCCCUCCUGAAGACACUGGACUACGAGGCAAUGCAGACCUACACCUUAGAGGUUACGGCGCGAGACACGGAAAACGCCUCAGCAGCAAAUGCCACAGCUACCGUGACAGUCAAUGUUCUGGAUGAGAAUGACCACGACCCCGUUUUUACCAUGACCAGCUACGAGGGCGCCGUUCUCAGGACAGCCGACUUGGGGACCGUGGCUGCGAGUGGCAUCAGAGCAGUGGAUGGAGAUCUAGCUGACACGGCCAACGGUCAGGUGUUCUAUAAUUUGAUGCCAGCCAGUGUUUAUUUCACCAUUCUGGACCCAAGUGAAGGAGUGGUGGUAACCAAGACGAGCCUUCAGAAUGCUCCCGACGUGAACAAUUUGACCGUUGUUGCCUAUGACAAUGGGAAUCCAUCCCGGAGUCAGACUGCGUCCCUCAUCAUCCGAGUCCGAAUGGAGAGGCCUGUCUUCCCACAGUCUGUCUACAUGGUUGAUGACCUUAAAGAGGAAGAGCCACCAGGGACAAAGGUCAUUGAACUUCGUGCUUCAGCCAAUCAGGGUGAUCAGAUUGAAUAUGAGAUUAUUGCAGGUGAUCCUGACGGCAAAUUUGAGUUGGUGUCCCAGGAGAAUAUUGGGACAAUCCAAACGCUGAAGGUGUUAGACAGGGAGAAUGUGAGCAGCUACUCCCUGAUGGUACGAGCCAGCGUGGUGGAGGCUACUACUGGAGGAGGAAAUCGGAGAAAGAGAAGACAAGCCGAUACCAAUGUCGUAGAAGUGGUGAUAGACCUGGUAGAUAUCAACGACAACGUGCCGGCUUUUGAGAAGACUGCUUACUUUGUCGGAGUGUCCGAUUCGGCGGGCAUUGGCACAACAGUGAUUACCAUGAAGGCCAUCGAUCAAGACGGCGGCAACAACAGUGUGAUAGAUUAUUCCAUGCAAGCCAAGCCAGCCUCAUCCGACAACCAGGUGAAUAAGCCUGCAGCGGAUAGCUUUACCAUCGACGCCUCCACGGGAGUCAUCAAGACAGCUGUGGCAGAGUUGGCUGCUGAGCCCAGGACCUUUACCUACUCCGUCUUCGGUCGAGAACGAUUGGGCCCUCCAGAGAACGCCGCAAACACCACUGUCACGAUUUCCCUCGUCAAUGAAGACAACCGUGUUAUCCUCGCGACCAGCCUCCCUCCCAGUCUCCUAAGAGAGAACCAAGCACUCCUGGAGGCAGCCCUAGAGGAGCUGCUGGGAGCCGAGGUUGUCAUAGAGGAUAUUGGAGUACGUCUCUAUGGCGACAACCUGGAGAAAAGUGACCCCUCAGGGUCAGAUGUCCAGUUUUAUGCCAUCAAUGUGAAUACAGGAGAGCCGUUUACAACCGACGAGUUAAUCCAGCUCUUACAAAAUGUCAGUCAAUUGGACGCCGUCCUCCGAGACAUCUCCCCGGAUGGCAACGGCAGAGUCAUCGAGGUCCGCAAACCCAGGACGGGUCAGCGCCCGGUCACCUCGGAUGCUGAGCCCACAGUGGAAGCCAUAGCCUUGCUCUGCUUGGCUGUGGCUCUGUUCAUCCUGUGCAUACUGGCCAUCGCCGUCGUCGUCGUGUCCUGGAAGAAAGUCUACUUUGUAAACAGUGAAUCGGAGUCCGAUGUUAAAUGUUGUCCCAUGUGGAAACGAUAUGUAUCUCUUCGAGGCGAGCAAGCGACAGAACCAGGGUAUAGUUUGGUUCUUGGCUACAGACGUGAGAUGGAACGUGAGAAGCAAGCCCGGCUCUACCUGCCCGUGUACAACACCUUCAAUCCUUACUCCACGGCAGAGGACCAUGAAAUUCCUGGCACCUCAGUUCCUGAUGGUAGGAUUUUCACCACACCAUCAGCAGCAAAUCCAGUCUAUUUUGAUGACCAUGCAGUUCAAGUUAACCCUAGAUCUGCAUGCGACAGCCACUCGUCCUUGUUGAUUGGUGCCGGGCAGGAUGGAGACGAGAGGGGUAGACUUUUAUUUGAAGAAGGAGCUCCAUCAUUCUUGAAACCAAGAGAGACACAGGAGCACACAAUGGACUUUGAUGACGAGAUGUCAUCGGAAGACCUGACAGACGAGGCUACAGCAGCAGCCAAUAGCAUCGCGGCGGCCGUCCGUAGCGGCAGCAGCCGGAAGUCGUCCAAAAGGUCAAAGAGAAGCAGCAGGUCAAGUUCGCGCAGCAAAACUCCAUCCAGCAGCGGUCCCCCAAGUUACUCCAGCAGUGGGACCAUCAACAAGGGCAACACCUCGUCCCCCCCGUCCAAGAUACAUGAGGUUUCCACCAUCCCGUACCGCAACAGCGAGACACCACGGGAACCGCUCAGGCCCCCGCCGCUCUUUGACCCCCGACCCAGUCCGACUUCUGACCCCAGGUCGCCGUUCGAGUCGGGGGGCUACGAUAACUUGGGGGCGGACGUGGAGGACGGCUUUGGUCCGGUGGGUAGUCCCAUAUCUGGUGCGAGGACGAACUCAUCACUGUCCACUCAUAAGCCAGGAUCACUGGAGGGGCGUCAACGGAAUCAAGGUGUACCCUUAAAAACCUCCUACUUCUCCCACUAUAAGCAAGCCAGUAAGAAUGACCCUGCCACAGCAAAUGCUCAAAGAAGUGAACCCUGGGAACCAUCCGAUCAAAAACUCUCCCACGUCGCUUUGGAGGACAAUUACUCAGUCAAACUGGUCCACAUGGAAAACAAACCAAGCAUGAGAUCACAUCCCUCGACCCCGAGCAGGGAUGGGAGGAAAUCUGAAAUGCCAUCGCGGAGAGGGUCACGUAGAAAGCACAAGCGUGCCGCACAGCCUCACUCGCAUCACGAGGACAGGCGCGGGUCCACCAGCUCCGAUGACGGCGGAAAUGGGCAUUUAUCACACAGGGGCGGGCAAACAAAUUCAUGGUCUCGUAGCAAGCCGGCAAGAUCCUCAAGCCGGUCCAGGAAGCUUAAGCGUAGGACAUCGGGAAGCGACAGUAACUUUAGUUUCGGUGUGGCAGACGGCAAGAAGGGCCUUCACCAAGGCAGCAAGGAUAACGACAAAAAUGGGGUGGAUGGGAACAACCCCGACAUCUUGCAACCAAUCUACCAGUACACACAACCUCCCUGGAAUGAACUGGACAUCAUAAACACGGUUUUGUAGCACAUGCUUUGACGGGUCCUGAACUUGUCCGUAUCUUGCUGUAAUGGAUAUAAUGAUGUCACACGUUGUACAUGUGCGCUUUCCUAUGCCAAUGAGUAGAGUUGUAAUGACUCAAGUUGCUGGCUCGACUUGAGUCCAACUUGAGUCACAAUUUUUGGCAGCUCGAGUCCAAACAGGUGUACAACUCGACUUGAAUCACUGCAAGCAACUGAAUCGACUCGAGUCCCUCAUCGUAAGACCCAACUCAAAUGAAAGUUCAUAAGACUUGAGUCUCAAAAUAUAAAAGCAAACUUCUUUGUGAAAAAAGAUAUUUACAAUGACUGUUUACAUUGCCUUUUUAUAAUGUCCAUGACGUGUUGUCAUCCUCACAAGUAAGAUGUGGUAACCAUCUUUAAAAAAAA